AUGUCCGAAAAGCAUGGCCAGCUCAGUGGUGCGCAGUGGACGACAAAAUCAGCAGCAGGAGCGACGGCAGCGCCGGGCAGCUUAAUAGCAGCAACGGCAACAACAACAUCCCAUUUGCCGAAGCAUAUCAACUCCAAUUCCAUAUAUAAUGCAGCUGCAGCAAGUCCGUAUGCCCACUGUGGUGUGCCGACCGUGCCCGUGCCGAUUCCCAUGACUCCGGACAUACCCGCCUACAACUCAGCACGUUUCCAGCCACCACCCAUACAUAUUCACCCAGCGAAAUCAUCACCACUCACCAUUGCGCCAAUAGCUGCUUCAGCGCAGCCGCUGUCCCAGUCUCAGGCUUCGCCCACACCAACACAUGUACCUGCUCCUGGCGGCGGAUUUGUGCCGCCAGUAUUUCCAAAUGCGAAUGCCCCGGGUGGCGCUGCCACAUCUGUGCUGACGCCUAAUCCCUUUGCAGCAGUUGGUGGCAAUGCCGGCCUGGCAUUUGUGAAUCAUUUCAACUUAAGCAGCGCCCAUCAACUGGAGCUGGGGAAGAUUGUGCAUGCCUUGAAUGCAAAUGCCACACCCGUUUCACCAGCAGCAGCUAUGCCGCGGCAGACACAGCCUACCCCCAGUGAAGGCGCGGCUGUGUCAGUACCCCCCGCUGCGCCCACAGGCGUCAUUAACUCAACAAUAGCGGAGAACGUGCUACAGGCGCUAUCUAGUGAUGAUGACCGCAUGCGACGCGUGCAGCAGGUCAUUGAAUCGAGCCUGGAUGAUACCGCCAAGCUACAAAUAACGCAAAUCUUGGAAAGUGUGUCCUGCCUGAAGCCAAUUGAGAAACUGUUUCUUUACUUGCGCUUGCCUGGCGAGAGCGCAGACACGGAUCCUUUGCGACAGCCACAGAAUCCAUUGGGAACGCGCUCUGAGAUUAAUCACACCAUCAAUUGGGUGCGCUCGCAUCUAGAACACGAUGCUCAGGUGUCCAUACCGAAGCAAGACGUUUACAAUGAUUAUAUCGUCUACUGUGAUCGCCUGAACAUAAAGCCGCUCUCCACGGCGGAUUUUGGCAAGGUUAUGAAGCAAGUGUUUCCUGGCGUGCGUCCACGUCGCUUGGGUACGCGCGGCAAUUCGCGUUAUUGUUAUGCAGCCAUGCGCAAGACAACCAAACUAAUCCCACCACAACUGCCGCAGUUGUGCAAGGAUGAGCCGCUGGAUGAUAAUGAUGACGACGACAUGAAUGAAAUUACAGAAGCGCAGGCUAAGAGUGCAACAAGUGUGGUUGCAACAUCAGACAACGAACAAUGCUGGGACCUGGUGCGCAACUGGGCGGAAAACUUGCUCAACACAAAGCUGGACAACAUUGCGGAUCUUGCGGCGCGCAUUAAAAACAAGAAUGCCAAUUUAUGCUUAUCAGCGGCGCCCAAAAAGUAUACGCCCCGGGAGGCUAAAGAGAAGCGUCUGCAGGCGGAUUCGGGACCACUGAAGAAGCGUCGCAAGAAGAAGCGCAAGGGUUCCUCCUCAUCGGAAUCGAGUUGUAAUCAGCCGCACGCUGCACAAGAUGCGGGCAGCAGCCAGGAGGCAAUAAGCGAAGACCACAAAACCGAACAAUUGCUAAAGAUCAAGCAGGAGAUUAUAGACUCGCCUGGAGCGUAUUUACCAGCACAGCAACUAAUGCCAAUGAACCUGGCCACGGAGCCACGCAGCAAUGCUGUGCGCAAUCUGACACCCAAGCUAAUGGAGCUGCAGCCGGAUCAGCAGACAACACAACAGGCUUUGUCGCCUUCCGGUCUGGUUAUCAAGGACGAAGUGGAAAAGUAUGAGACCACUAAUAUAUUCUGCAAGAAGGUGCUAAAGGCACAGCAGACCAAAGGCUUCUGGGCUAAUUCGCCGAGCAGUGGCAGCCACCAAGUUGGUGGUGGGACGCUGCUUGUGCCUCCAGUGAUUACCACAACGGCAGCGACGCCGCCGCCGCCACCUGUCACACAAACGUUGUCGAUGCCAAGUAGCUCGCCCGCACCUGGCACGCAACUCUCCAUGGGUCCGCCGGCCCAAUUAAACAAUAGCAGCUCGUUGAGUCCCUCGAGCAGUCUGGAUACGGGCAGCAUUACGCCAAAGGUGGCCUCGCGUAACAUGACCUUGUUGCGUGCCAAGCGUUUGGCGGAGAAUGCAGCCGCCUUGGCUGCCGCCGAGGAUUCCGGCUUGCCCGAGAAUUUGGGCCUUCCACGUGAGCGCGUCAUCAGUAUAUGCAAUAUGGAUAAGCAUGAGCUGGAUGAUUACUUUUUGCCCGGCGACGAUGAGGAGGAGAACUCCGAGGAACCCGACACAGAGUUGCUCCAAUAUUUUCAGAUGGGAGACGCUGAGGAAAAACAACUGAAUUCCUUAGAUGCUCUAGCAGAACAGCACAGAAAUCCACAAGCUGCACAGCAGCUUCAACAAAUGCGUCGCUCCAUGCCGUUGCCAGCAACAACAGCAGCAGCUGUAGCUGCUACAGCAGCAGCAACAAAUAUUGUGGGUUCUGCCUCAGCGUCUCUGGCACUUAUGUCAAGAAAGCAUCAACAACAGUUACAACAACAACAACUGGUGCCGGUACAGCAGCAGCAGCAACAACAGCAACAGUUGCCGCUGCGCACCAGCAACAAACGCAAAAUAAGCUUGAGCAAUGCCUCUAGCAAUGGCAGCAACAAGAACUCUUUCUUUCUGCCAAUAUCGCCCAACAGCAACAGCAUCAAGAACAACAACAGCAGCAACAACAACAGCAGCAGCAACACUGUUGCAUCAACAGUAUUGGCGGCAGCUGCAACCAGCGCAGUAUCUAAUGCCACGCAAAACUGUUUCGCCAGCCCCGGCUUAACCAGCAUGCGCCAGCGCUCCACCAUGCUAACCAAGCAGCAAUCCUUGGAUUUCGAUAGCAACAAUGGCUGCAGUGGUGAUCCCAUGAUUGGUGCUCAUCGGCGUCGACGCAGCUAUGUCUACAGUUAUCCCAGCAGCAGCUCCGCCUCGGCGCCACCCAGUCCGUCACUUUUGCAGCAAUGCAUGGGCGCCAAUUGGACCUUCAGCACCAACAGCAGCAACAAUUACAGCAGCAACAACAACAACAAUGUCGUCAUAAACAACAGCAACAAUGUAGAUCUGUUGGUUAAUCAGAACUCGAUGGAUUUGGAAACAAGUUUGGCGCUAAGCGACAACAUGGUAUUGAUGGAAACGCAGCGCUCGCAGUCAGUGCCGCUGUCGCAGCUGCAGCGCAGCAGCAGCAGCAGCAACAACCAAUCGCCAUCGGCAGGCAACAAUCGACAGCUGAGUCAAGCGUCCAGCACUGCAGCGUUCUACUCGGAGAAUAGCAACAGUCAGCAGUCGGUGGCAGCCAUCAAGGUGGACGAGGCCGAUGUGGACAUUGGGCCGGGAAAUCUGCUAUACGAUGAACACAUGAUGACGCCACUUUCGCCUACGUUCAAGUUUGGGGGCAUUCAAACGACCACCACCUGUAGCUCCUCAGCUGGCUCCUCUAGUGGCUACAGCAGUGCCGGCAGUGGCGGCGGCAUUGUGUCGCGUUCAGUGCCAUCUACGCCGCUGCCCCAUCAGCAAUUGCUGCAAACAGCAACAGUAACAGCAGCUGGCAAUGGCAACUGCAAUGCCGCCAGCGGCUUCUUCAACAUCUCGCCAGCGUUCAACUGGGGCGCCAGUAAUAUUGGCUAUGGCUCACACUCGUAUGGCGCACGCAAUGCGUUGGACAUAUCCAAAUCUAUGCCGACCACGCCUAUAACAACGCCCUGUUUUCGCUACAGCCCCGUCGAGCUGCAUCGUGAUUUUCUAAUCAAUGGCAACACCAUCGAUAGCCAGACGUCACCCGCUUUGGCGACAUUUAGUGCCAACGAUGCUGUCUUGGCGCUUAGCUCGGAUGCCUUUAUUGAGGAUGCUGCGCCCAACAGCAGCGAUGUGGAGGCCAUGAUUGGUGCUGCCGAUAUACUCGAUAGCUUGUAGAAUUUGCCCGAAGAGAAAGCUCCCACGCCGGCGGCUGAGACAAGCGAUCCAGAGCCAGAACCAGAGCCUGGCAUCGCCUCUUUACUGCAGCAGCACGUGGACCAAUUGUGAACGUUGAUCUCAUUGUAGGAGAUGCAUAUAAUAGGAAUAGCUUAUUAUUGUUACGUUUAUAAGUCGGUUUCGGUUUCGGUUACGGUUUCGAUCAAGUGUCGGAGCUUUCUCUUCGCAACUCUCCAGCUAUAGAACUCGUAGCUUUCCCUUAACCUAAUGAUUAUGAUUUUCUUUAGACUCUAAGCUCCUAAUGUCAAUGUCGUUUCCUUAUUUUGUUGUUACAUGUAAGUGAGAAGCCAUCCUUAUCCAAUUAAUCCUCAGGCCCCGUUAUAUGCGUUUAAGUAUUUGUAUGUUGUUAAUAGCUGAAAAGUUUUACUGUUGAUCCUUGCUUUUGUAAAAGAGAAAACAAAACAUAACAUUAAUUAAUGAUAACAUUGUCGAGUAGUAGUGAAGGACCUUACAAAUGAAACAAACUUAAAGUCUGAUUGAAUUCAACGUGCAGCGGUUUUAAAAAAACAAUUAUGUAAUAUAUAUAUAUAUAUAUACACUUGCAGAUUGAAAUGUAAUGAACAUUUUAAGGGAGGCCUUGUCGCGGGUCAUCAACAUUGUUUUACGCACCCGAUAAGAACACAGCACUAUAACUAUAUACAUUAUAGUCUAAGAUAACGAAUUUCGUGGGCCUGAACGAGCGGAACACGCUUCCAAUUUCAAUUGUGUGUGUUCAAAUGAAAAAUGUGUGUAAUGUACAACUAAUUCUGUUAGAAUUUAUUAUCAAAUCUAUUUGAAUUCUUCACUUUUUGUACUGCAAUCAACAAUUAAUUAGGCAACGAUUGUAACUUUAUAGUGUGUACCUUUUAAACUAUGCUCUAUGCGAUUUUAAAACACAAUCCAUACAAGUUUUCUAUUCAAAAUCUUUUUGUUAUUAUUUUCUACGCCUUCGUACUUUUAAUCGAACCAUUUGCAAUGGUUAUGAAUUAGCAUUAAGUGUUUGUUUGUUAUUGAAAGUGUUUUUUGUUAAUAUGAUAAUCUUAAACCGUAUGCUAGCGAAAAACACGUUUUGUUAGCAUUAAUUCUAAUUUCUUACUCUCUGUUUAGUUAUCCUAUCCUUUGGGUUUUUCUAUGGCUUUCAACAAAGUUAAAGCUUUAAAUUUUUCAUUUGAAUUUCCUUGAUAUAAGCAGCCACCACCAACCCUAAGCGUUAAUUUGUUUGUAAAACAAAGUAAAAUUUAAUAGUACAUACACACACACAUAGGAAUUUUUAACUGUUCUCUGCACCAAUUUCAAUUGUGAAAUGAAACCAACACAGCAACAAAAAUGUUGAAACAAAAGUAAAUCAUAAAUGUGCCUCAGGCUAUUUUGUAAAACAAAACAAAAUGCAUUACAGCAAAAAGUUAGUUAUGUCUACUAAUAUACAUAUAUACUUAUACAUACUAUUAUAUAAAUAUACACUCAUUUACAAACGCUAGUAAAACAAUUGAAUUUGUUAGAGAGACCUCGUAGUCAGCAAAAAAAACCAUUUACCCAGCCGAUCGCAAUGCGCAAUGAAACUAACAAAAUUUAAUAUAUCUUGCACUUCCAAUCGCUUUAAAUAAAAAUACACAAUCUAUACAAUUAGAAAUAUAAACACAAUAUUCACUGGGAUCACUUACAAAAUCCAAUAUACAAACAAUAGAUAAGUUUAUAAAGAUAAACGAACCAAAUUGUACUUUUUUAUAAGAUAUUUGAAUGAAAAACAAAAGUCAAUAAAAAACCUAUGGAU